GGAAAAGGAUGUUCUGUUUUUUGUUGAUAUAAAGUUUUGAGGAUUUACAAGAGUUACAUUCUCUACUAUAGUUUGUAAAGGCCAUCUUACAUUCUCUACUCUAGUUUGUUUAAUGCCAUCGGGUGAAUGCUGUUACAGACAGUGUGGCAUGUGCAUGGUGUUUGGUCGCAUUUCAGGUGGGAAAGGGCUGUCUGGAGUGCAUUUGAGAUUGCGUCAUGUGUGGAUCGGUUGGGGCGGUAUGCGAAUUGGAAUGGGUCUAGGGUUUUCGGGAUGAUGGUGUUGAUGUAAGCCAUGACCAGCCUUUCAACAUGAAUAGUGAGGCAAUUUCGAGGUAGCACAGUGCAGUAGUGACCUGAACAGAUCAUACUUGAGGUUCAGAAGUUCUUAUUUCACGGUGAAGUGAUGAAAAACAUGAUCAGAGACAUCGUCAUUGUGCAGCAUCCUGUUUCUGUGUAUGUACCACUGAACUAUAAGGUGACUCUGAGUGUGAGAGCAGAGGGAACCGGUAUCCUGAACUACCAGUGGUUCAAGUCUAGUAAAGAGGAGGUAUUUGGUGGGACCAGAGCAGAUCUGAUUGUCACAGCCCAGAGGUCUCAGCUCUACAUUUGUCGCGUGAAUGACCAGUUCUGCAACUGUGUGUUCAGUGAAUGGGUCAAAGUAAAGGUCCUGGACAUUGCUARACCAGGUCUCCCAGUAGCAUGGCGAGGGGAGCCCCAUAUCGCUGUACACCCUGCACCCCAGACUGUCAGACAAGGGGAGAGACUCACCCUCAGCUGCACUGCCUUUGGCAUUCCCACCCCUCACUACCAGUGGUACAGAAAUGGACAUCCUCUGUUGGGCAAGACCACGGACACACUGCAGAUAGAGAAUGCAGAGUCAGACCAUAGAGGAACAUAUCUCUGCUAUGUAUCCAAUGUUCUAGAGGAGAGAUGGACAGAGGCAGCUGAUGUUGAAAUAGUGCCAUCUAAUCAACUCACAGCUACUGACAAAGUGGCCCUGCUUAUUGGUAACCUCAACUACUCCCACCAUCCGGACCUGAUGGCUCCCACUAUGGAUGUCCAUGAGCUGGCCAACCUGCUGCAGCAGCUGGGCUUCAGAGUGGUGUCUCUACUGGAUCUCACCAGGGAGGAGAUGCUGGCGGCCAUUGACAAGUUCCUUCUCCUGCUUGACAGGGGCGUGUAUGCCCUGUUCUACUAUGCUGGUCAUGGGUACGAACGUUUAGGGAGAAACUAUCUGGUGGCCGUAGACGCACCACAACCAUACCGUCCAGAGAACUGUGUCUGUGUACAGAGGGUCAUGCGCAAGAUGCAGGAGAGACGGACUGUAUUGAAUGUGGUCUUACUAGACACCUGCAGAACAUGGUACAACCAAGAUUGCAUAGCUUCUGAAAUCAGGCCCUUGGUACCAAUGGGAAACACAGUGUAUGGAUAUGCCACAUGUGAAAAUGCAGAGGCUUAUGAGGUACAGGACGGAGGGAAGAGCACCGGAAUCUUCACUAAAUAUCUGAACAAGCACAUCCUGCAGCCAGAGAAAGUCACCCACAUCCUAGAGCUGGUGUCUGAGGAUCUGGGCAGAGACCCUUUCGUCACAGGCAAGCAGGCGGUGGAAAUCAAACACACGCUAAAGGAGCCUCGCUCCCUCACAGAUCCGAUCAGGACCACCGGCCACACUGGAGAACUACACAUGAGAGACGCCUGCUGGAGACAGGCCAACGAGCUACCACGUCAGAAGUUGCUUAUUUUCACCUGUGGAGUUGAGGUGGAGGUCAGCUUCUCUGCCUUGUUCUCCAACGUCAUGGUUGCUUUUGGCACAGUGAAAACCACUGGACCCAGAGCCCAGGACUGCACUAUCACUCUGAGGAGCACACCUGCAAUGGAGGAUAUMUUCUCUAGUCCUGGGAGGUCAGGUGAAAUGGACUCUCUGUUGCUAAAUAACUUGGUUGCUGAAAACCCUGACUGUAGCCUCAGACUUUGUGGCCUUCAAAAGCUUCAGGGAUCCUUAGUGAUAAAGGUGGACCUACACUAUACCCACAUGGACAGGAAGCUGCGGCUGCAAGAGAGCAAACAGCUGGACAUAGGGAAGCCUCUGGUGGCAUCCUGUGAUCUGCACAGGGGACAGCAAGCAAUGGUUGGCCAGAGACCAGAUGGUGCCCCUGCCCCAGAGUAUGGGACAYAGCCGCAUCUCACACAGCAAGCAGCGCCCACGUCAGACAUUGGGCCAGCCAGGCCGUCCCUUCACUAAGAGGGCAGAGUGUGCUGCCAAAGUCCUCACUGCAAGGAGCAAUGAACCAGGGGAGAAUGAUGAGACUGAGCCUCAAGACUUUACCUCUUGAUUUCCCCUCUCCACGUCUAUGGAAAAAGGAUAGUCUAGUAGUAGUGACUAGUGUAGUCCAUCAGAUAUUUGCUGUUUAGGCUUUAAUCAAUGCACAUAAUAAAAUCAGCAUGAUACAUUUCCUUUCUCUGGUUAAAUUCUAUCUGUUUAAUUGUGGUUAUAAGGUGUGUAUGUACUGUAUACAUGGGUGCAUGUGAGUUUGAGGAGAUGACAUUCUGGAUUAUGUUCCUCUCAAUAAGCACUAUUGUUCUGUUCUCAGCAUGACACUCAAAGAAAUGCAAUAUUUAUUAUUUAAAUAAUCACAGAAUGAAAUAAAUUACACAAUAUAAUGGGACAAUAUUUUCAUGUUGCACAUCUUUUAGUUGUCUCAUUAAAUGGUUUCAAUAUCUGUAUAUACAAUUUAUAGUUGGUUAGAAGUUUUUAAGUCAUUGAAAUUUGGAGCUAUUGAAAUUGAAAAUAUUGUCCCA